AUGUCAUCCUCCGCCGUCCCCCUACAAGGCGGCAUCCUCGAAGGAGGAAAUCCCUCGCACUACGACAAAAAAAAUCCCAUCGUCAUUUUCAUCAUCCAGGCGUCCAUAAUCAUCAUCUUCUGUCGACUGCUACACUGGCCCCUUUCCAAGAUCCGUCAGCCGCGAGUCAUCGCCGAAGUCAUCGCCGGCGUGCUUCUGGGCCCCUCCGUCUUUGGUCGCAUCCCCGGUUUUACAGAUGCCAUCUUCCCAGAAGCCUCGAUUCCCAACCUCAACCUCGUCGCGAACCUGGGCCUGAUCCUCUUUCUCUUUCUCGUCGGCCUCGAGACCGACCUGCGCUUCCUCAUCAGCAAUUGGCGUGUGGCGGUCAGCGUCUCCGCGGCCGGUAUGAUCUUACCCUUUGGCCUUGGAAGUGCCAUCUCGCAUGGCCUGUAUAAUUCCUUUCGCGACGAACCGGACACCAUCCAAAUCAACUUUGGCACCUACCUGCUGUUUAUUGGUAUCGCUAUGGCUAUCACGGCAUUCCCGGUGCUCUGUCGUAUUUUGACCGAGCUAAAACUCCUGGGAACCAAUGUCGGUGUGAUCGUGCUCUCCGCCGGUGUGGGAAAUGAUGUCGUCGGCUGGAUUUUGCUGGCCCUUUGCGUCGCCCUGGUCAAUGCUGGGACCGGACUGACUGCUCUCUGGGUGCUGCUCGUCUGUGUUGGUUAUGUCUUGUUUCUGUCGCUCGUUUUCAGGCCUGUGUUCCUGCGCUUCCUGAAAAGGACAGGGAGCUUAACCAAGGGUCCCAGCCAGUCGGUCGUAGCGCUCACUUUACUCAUUGCGCUCGCCUCGUCCUUCUUCACUCAAGUGAUCGGCGUACAUGCGAUUUUUGGCGGGUUCUUGAUUGGCCUUCUCUGCCCACACGAGGGCGGCUUUGCCAUCAAGCUGACCGAGAAGAUCGAAGAUCUGGUGGCUGCCUUGUUCCUGCCUUUGUAUUUUACGCUUUCCGGUCUGCAGACCAAUCUGGGAUUGCUCGACAAUGGGACCGUCUGGGGAUAUGUCGUGGGAAUUAUUGCAAUCGCAUUUAUUGCCAAAGUGGCGGGGGGUGCUUUGGCGUCCAGACUGUGUGGUCUCCUCUGGCGCGAAAGCUUCUCCAUUGGGGUUCUGAUGAGCUGUAAAGGAUUGGUCGAGCUGAUUGUCUUGAACAUUGGAUUGCAAGCGCGUAUUCUUAGCACCCGAACUUUCACCAUGUUCGUUGUCAUGGCGCUCGUGACCACCUUCGCGACCACCCCAUUGACCACGUUGCUGUACCCCAAGUGGUACCAGAUCAAGGUUGAGCGCUGGCGCCGUGGUGAGAUUGACUGGAACGGCAACUCAGCCCAGGAUGAUAGUCGCCAUGACAGCGUGGCGGCCGCAAAAGACCAGCUGAAGACCAAUGCCGUGCGAAGACUGCUUGUGUAUCUGCGACUAGACGGACUAUCCAGCAUCUGCACAUUGGCGGCUUUACUCAGCCCCAACGAUCAGCCACCUGUACCAAAAAUCCACCCCGAAAAAAAGAAGAAACAGGCGGCGGCAUCAUCACCGGAGCCCGCAGCCGAAGAAUCCCCCGCGACAGAGGAGGAAGCGCCCAAGCUUCAAGUACACGGUGUGCGACUGAUGGAACUGACAGAUCGAGACUCCAGCGUCAUGAAAGUAUCAGAGAUCGACGAAUACACCCUCUGGGACCCUGUCGUCAACACCUUCCGUGCCUUCGGGCAGUGGCACGACCUCUCCAUCAUGGCAGGAGUGUCAGUCGUGCCGGAGCACUCAUACGCUGACACAGUCGUGGGCAUGGCGCACCAGGAAUCAACCGAUCUACUACUACUCCCGUGGAGCGAGACAGGAACUAUGAGCGAGCAUCAGAGCGGGCUGGGAAUCGACGAGGUCAACCGGUUUGCCAACGGGCCCUUUGCAGAAUUUGUGUCCUGCGUCCUGGGCCAUACUACGUGUAACGUGGGCGUCCUUGUCGAGCGGACUAUGUACCGGAAGCCACCAGGCCAGCCAUCCCUCAGCGGGAUGAGCGUUUGGAGCUCCGUGUGGCCAGCCACGCGGUCGCACCACAUCGUGCUACCCUUCCUAGGCGGCGAGGACGACCGUUGCGCGCUACGCUUCGUCCUGCAACUUGCGAACAACGACCAGGUGACCGCCACGAUCAUCCACCUCGACAUAGCCAUACAAACACCUUCGGUGGGGAAUGACCCCGCCGGGCCGAGAAACAGCACUACCGUGCAGAAAGCCGUACCCAGAGAAUUCGAAUCAGACAUAACAUUCUUCAACACAAUGCGAGAUUCCCUCCCAGACGCCCUUAUAUCGCGUGUCAUCUUCAAGCGUAUAACCCCUCAAAACCCUAGCCCAGACCCUGUCACAUUAGCGAUCACCACCGUGCAAGAUGAAAUGACCCAGUCUCCUCAUCAGGCAGGGAACAUGGUAGUCGUCGGUCGGCGCAACAACCGCGUGGACGAGACGCCAGCGCGGGAAGAUGUCGGCGAGAAUAAUGUAGCGUUAGCGCUAGGCGCGAUAGGGCAGGGCAUGGUGCGGAGUGAGGCGCGCGUGGGGAAUGUUUUGGUCCUGCAGGCUGGGCGUCCGCGUCUGAGUGAUCGAUAA